AUGUCGAUGCGAGUGACGCGGUCGCAGAACGGGAAGACACCAGUCAAGCCUGAACGUCCUGGCUUCGUCGAGACACCCGGACGGAGAAAGUCGCAGCGCAAGUCGAUCAACCCCAGUGGCGAUGGAUAUGAGUCGACGCCCGAGCCGGAGAGUAUCGUGAAGGCCGGUUCGAAUGGACAGACGAACGGCUACUCGAAUGGACACCGCAGCAAAGCCGAACAGGAGGCUUACGCCUGGAAGAUUGAGGCCGAGAAGAACUUCUCCCCAACGGACGAGAAGGGCAAGCAGGAGUUCGGAGGCGCGCUCGGCAUGAGCGCCAUGAUGGUCUGCUUCCCCGCGCUCAUGUACUACAUGUGGAUCGGAGCCACCUUCUACGACGGAAAAUUCCCCUCGCGAACCGAAGGGGAGAGUUGGGGACAUUUCUUCGGGCACUUGUGGUACCUGGUCAAGACGCACGCAUACCCCAACAACAAGGCCUGGCAGAUCUACUGGUUCUUUGGACUGGCGCAGAUGGCUUUCUACUUGCUGAUGCCGGGAGUGUACCGCAAGGGCAAGGGCCUUCCUCAUCUUGGUGGCAAGCAGCUCGACUACUACUGCUCUGCCAUGUGGUCGUUCUACACCAGCAUUGUCAUCAGUCUGGUCCUCCACUUCACCGGUCUCUUCAACCUGUACACCCUUGUUGAGGAGUUUGGCCACAUCAUGAGCGUAGCCAUCAUCUCGGGAUUCCUGUGCUCGACGAUUGCAUACGUUUCUGCCCUGGUUAGGGGUAAGGGAGUGCGUAUGACUGGAUCACCGAUUGUCGACUUUUUCUUGGGCGCUGAACUGAACCCGAGACUCUUUGGUAUUCUCGACUUCAAGAUGUUCCUCGAGGUCCGCAUUCCGUGGUUCAUCUUGUUCUUCCUCUCUCUGGGUACUUGCUUGAACCAGUACGAGAAGUACGGUGCGCCUUCGAUGGAGGCUGUCUUCCUCCUCUUCGCCCACUACCUGUAUGCCGGUGCAUGCGCAAAGGGUGAGCACUUGAUCAUCACGAGCUGGGACAUGUACUACGAAAAACUAGGCUUCAUGUUGAUCUUCUGGAACAUGGCUGGUGUACCCCUUUCCUACUGCCACUGCACUCUUUACGUCGCACAACACCACCCGUCUGAGUACACCUGGCCAUCAUGGUUCAUCGGACUUCUAACUGCGGCUUAUCUCGGCUUCUACUACAUUUGGGAUACCACCAACAGCCAGAAGAACCAGUUUCGUCAAGAAGAGCGUGGCGAAGUUGAGGAGCGCACUACCUUCCCUUACUUCAAGUAUGGAAGGAUUGCGAACCCAAAGAUCAUUGAGACAUCGGAUGGACGCAAGAUCUUGGCAGAUGGAUGGUACGGCAAGGCGAGGAAGAUCCACUACACAUGCGAUUUCUUCUUUGCUGUCUCUUGGGGUCUCAUUACGGGCUUCAACUCUCCGUUCCCAUGGUUCUACUCGGUCUUCUUUGGUGGUAUGAUUAUUCACCGUGCUCUGCGCGAUAUCGAGCGAUGCCGCGAGAACUAUGGCGAGGCUUGGACGCGUUACGAGAAGCAGGUGCCUUACCUCUUCAUUCCGGGUGUUUUCUAAACAUGUCAUCAGACCUCGGAGUGCCUCGAGCGCUAUCCCAGUCGUUGCUAAAUUCCCGCAUUAAUUGACCAUCCGUCACUUUUCAUAUUUCCCUACAUUUUUACUCUUCCGAACCUUUCGUUGACGGAUAGAUUUGUAUUAUAUUUUUGACUUCUUUUGUUCUACGAAAUCUUUUAUCGGUACGCGUGUGGUUAUAGUAAUGUUAGGAGUAAUGCAGAUACGUAUAGACGUU